AGAUAACUAAGGCUGGUGAGAUUGGGUCCUCGACUAUGCCUCAUAAAGUAAAUCCCAUUGAUUUUGAAAAUAGUGAGGGCAAUCUUGGGAAGGCUAAUGGAGGUCUAUCCCAUUUAAGCAUAAAAUUACCUAUUUCUCAUUGGCGGGACAACUUGCUCGGGAAGUUUACGAGAACAUUAGGAGAGGCUUCUUGUCUGAGAAUUCAGAGAGAUUUUUGUAUGCAUCUUGCUAGGAAAGCUUAUAAAGAAUUGUGCUCCUUUGCUGUUUCUAUUCAGGCUGGCAUGCGUGGAAUGGUUGCACGUGAUGAGCAUCGCUUCAGAAGGCAGAUUGGUUUUUAUGGAAAGUUUUCACUAUUGUAUUCUCUUAGACUACUUGACUACAUGAAUUGUGGAUUUGGAUGUAUUAGUAGGAACUCCAACAAUUUCUUUUUACACUAG